AGAGAAUCAGAAGAUAAAACCCGCACGGACUGGCUCGCUGGAGGUGUCCGGCCUGCCAGUGGCAGCAGUGUGGCUGGCCGAGGCCAGAAGCAGCCCGGCUCUGCCCUGCUGACUGAGCCCAGGGAUCCUGCUUCCAGCAGCAGCUCCUCCCAGCGCCGGGGUGAAGCGGGACCCUGGGGCUAAAUUGAGGACCCGAGAAGGUUAAGUUGAAUGUCUGCUUAACUUCCAAGAUGUUGCCACACAAAGUCCAUUCACUUUUCUGCCUCUGUAGUUGCCUCAUACUGGUUCAUACUUUGGAAUGGCAAGAUGUAAAUCCUGUUGCCCAUGUUAAAUCAUCAGCAUGGUUUAAUAAAAUACAGACUGUACUCGCUGCUGAAAAUUCUGCUAAGAUCCCCAGUGGAGAUGGACCCUAUUCUGUUGGUUGUACAGAUUUGAUGUUUGAUUAUACUAAAACGAGCACAUUCAUGCGUUUGCAUUAUCCAUCCCAAGGUGGUGAUCACUCAGAAACUGUUUGGAUUCCAAAUGAAGAAUAUUUUUUUGGUCUUAGUAAAUUUCUUGGAUCACACUGGAUGAUAAGCAAAAUUUUGAAUUUAUUAUAUGGCUCAGUAACAAUUCCUGCAGCCUGGAAUUCUCCUUUGCAAACUGGUGAAAAAUAUCCACUGGUUGUUUUUUCUCAUGGUCUUGGAGCAUUCAGGACACUUUAUUCUGCUAUUGGCAUGGACCUAGCAUCUCAUGGGUUUAUAGUUGCUACUGUAGAACACAGAGAUGAAUCUGCAUCAGCAACUUACUAUUUCCAGAAUGAGUCUGCUGUAGAAAUAGGGAGCACGUCUUGGAUCUAUGUUAAAAAAAAGGAGGGACAUCUUGAAAGAAAUAUUCAGGUACGACAGGGAGCAAUGGAGUGUUCUCAAGCUCUCAGUUUCAUUCUUGACAUUGAUCAUGGAAAGUCAGUGAAGAAUAUAUUAGAUGUAGAGUUUGAUGUAAAACAAAUGAAGGGUUCUGUUGAUAGGAAUAAAAUAGCAAUAAUUGGACAUUCUUUUAGUGGUGCUACAGUUAUGCAGACUCUUAGUGAAGACCAGAGAUUCAGGUGUGGGAUAGCCCUGGAUGCAUGGAUGUAUCCAUUGGGUGAUCAAGUGUAUUAUCAGGAAGAACCAGAUGAUAGCAGAACAAGCUGUAUACUGUCACAGAUGUGCAUUAUGUUUUUUCUGGCCUCCUUUGAUAUUAAAAUAAGAAACAUUGGAUUUCAUAAAAACAUCCAGGGAGUUCCUAGUUCCCCUGACAAUCAACAUCUGUAUGCCUAG